UUGGCCACAGCUGCUGAUGAAUGAACGAAUGCGGUGGAGUAAAAUCGUAAAACACGGCAAAAGAAAUCGCGAAAAGGAAACGAAAGGCAGCCGAUCGAGUGAGCCACCGCGGAGCAGCAGGAAAAAGACCAGGAGAUCUCGGAGAGCAGCCUCAAGGACCAAAUAAACCACUCGUCCUUUCCACCGGCGCACAAUGGCAGUCUAGUGUCUGUGUUUGUGUAGUUGUGGUUGUAGUUGUGGGCGAGUUCGUGUAGUAGUAGUACGAACGAGCGUGGGAGGCGACCACGAAAACAAAAGGAAAAGAAAUCUAGUUUUUGUUUAAAUGGGAAUUCUGCUUGGAAAUUCCGGAAAAUGAGUGCGUAGAUGUGACGAACGGACGGGCAGCUUCUCGCAGCGGCGGAGGCAUUGAAUCUACCUGGCUGAGCUGAGUCGAAGUCGAAAUUCCUCCACCACCCGAUCCCGAUCCCGUAAUGCUGCUGGCCGCAGCCGGUCUGCCGGCCUACGAUGCCGGAAAACUGAACAGCGGCGCUGGAUCUGGAAGCGUUGGUUCCGGCGGAGGAGGCACGCCCACAACGUCGUCGGUCGCCUCUCGUCCCAGUGCCGCCAGUGCGCUGAUGAAGACGCUGUCUGUACGCCUGCAUCGCGGCACCGAGUUCAUCAAGGACACUGUUCAGAAGGCCCUGGUGAUGUCGGCACCCACGCCAGUGGCCUCCGUUCCCGCUGCUUCUGUUGCUCCCCUCGCCUCUGCAAAGCUCCUGGACCAGCAGGGUCUGAAACGCAAACUAAGCGGCGCCGGGGGCCUGAUGGGCUGCAGCGGUAUCAGCAGCGUCACUUCGAUCUCCGCCAGCACUAGCCGCUCCCACUACGUACUGGCCCCUGCGACACACCACUCCCAGGUGCAAGUGCAGCCCAACGUGCCCACCGCCGCCUUCCUGCGCACCUACACGGUGGCUCCCACGGCACUGCACCGAUCGGCGGCUGCCCGGAAGCGGAAUCCCAGCACCGACAGCCUGCUCAUGGACCUGUGCCUCUUCAAGCCCAUCCGACCCAUGCCCAUAACGCCAAUUAAAAUCAAUAAAUUUCGCAGUUUCGAACUGAAGAGACCCAAAUUCGUUUCCGCUGCGAACCCAGACAGCGAGGAUGACGAGGAGGACGACGACGAUGACUUAGUCCACAAACCAAAGCUCAGCAACUUGACAUUGCCAACAAAUGAGGUCUCGGCGUUCGUUCCGAUGCCCUAUGUAGAAACCACCAGCACCGCCAUCAUCGCCACAAACCCCAGCAGCAGCAACACCACCACCGCCACCACCAGCAGGAGCAGAUCUCGCUCCCACAACACACACACCUCAGGCUCGGCACCUGCCAUUACCAACCCAAAGCCAAAGCGUCGUCGUCGCGCACCCAAGUUCUCGGCCAAAAAACGAUGCAAGGCGCCACAAGUAAAAACCACCUCUCCAGCAGAUGGAGGAACUGAAGCCAAGGCGCCGGCCAAACGGAAGGCAACGGUGGCGGCAGCCAGUGGAGAAGUUAAACGCAGCCGUGGUGAAUCCAUCGCUUCAAUGAGCACUCCCGCUGUGGUCAAAAAAGCUCCAACCAAACGCAAAGCGAAUUCUGGAAGUGGUCAAGCCAAACGCAGUCGUGGCGGCUCUCCACCCAUAACCACAUCCACCUCUUCAACUGAUGGCGCAACUGCAGUUAAAAACACACUCAAUCGCAAGGCGGCUACUGUAAAAGGAGCUGCUGCCAAACGCAGUCGUGGAUCAUCUGAAGCCGCGCCGCUAGAGCGCCGCCCCUCGCCGCCCAUGACACGUCUGCGGGCCCGCCAGCAGAUCUCCGCCAGCAAGUAAACAUAGAAACGAAAGUCGAUACGGCAGAAACCCCAGAAGUAAAAGGUAGAAUAGUACAGAGUCGAGUGUCGCAGUCGGGGACUCGCUCUAAGAUCUAAGUCUUUUGGUUCCAGUUACUGUGUAUGUGUAAACGUGUUGCGUCUUUUCUGUGAAAGACGCUAACAAGUGUAAGAUAAGCCAGUAAUAAUGUAAAGUACACUUUAGCUCAACUCUCGUUUUGAUCCAAUUUGUGCAAUCUGAAUACACGGAGGGCAGGCGUCCCCUGGUUUCUCCA